GUAAACUUAAUUACGUAUUAUUAAAAUAUUUAAUAUUUAAUAUACUAUACAAUAUACACCCAGCCAUUGAUUAACUAAUAGUAAUAGAUCAUAGUAGUAAAUAGUUAAUAGUACCGAUUGUGGAUCAUCGAACAGCUUUAACUGAAUAUUAUGGAUUCGAAGCCAGACAACACUGCCGUAAUGACAGAUACAUCUACCUGCACACCUGCUGGCGAGAAGCAUGCAGAUACGAUAGCUGUACACUCUAGUGACGCGACUAGUAGGGAGCAAGAACAAGAACAUGCACAGGACGUUGAAGCAAUGGAUGUCGUGAAAGAAGACAUUACGUUAGAAGAAGAUUUGACGAAACAAGAGAAUGAGGUUAAGGCACAGGUUGUUAUUGCCAGCGAGGCCAACGAUAGUGAUAUGUUGAAAAGUGAAAAGGAGGUGAUCUCAGAGGCCGUUAUAGAGAUGGACAACAAUGCACCCAGGUAUGCAGCAGAUGGAGCUGUGCCUGAAUUCCUGGUGGGAGUGGAUGUAGGUAUCAUUGAUGGAGAAGAGAUUAUCCGAACGAAGGCAUCGGAUCCAUCUACUGUACCGGCAGGCGCCCCUAGCGACGUAAAUACGACGUUGGAAGAAAAGCCAAAGAUCGAAUUAGUGUUGGGUGUUGACCCUACAAAGGUGGAGGACAUGACAGCACCUGCAUCCUCCAGUGACGAGGAAUCAUCGAGUGAUGAAGAAUCUAGUGCGGAAGAGUCCGAAUCCGAGGACGAAAUACUCGAAGCCGACAUCCGGUCUCUCAUAAACAAAGCCAUGAACGACGUAGACGCACAGAUCGAAGAGGUUACGCUCAAGACCGCAAACGAACUGCUUCUCGACGAUUUGCCACCCGAAGAUGCGCUGGAGGUGGACUUGCCUGCGCACGCAGAUUUGGCAUACAUUGGUACUGUGACGUCCUAUGUGGAUGGAUUGGUGAUCGUCACAGCUAAGAGUGAAACCAUCGCUUUGGAUGUGGAUACCAUCCUGUUUGUGGACAAACAAACACCUUUAGGGCGAGUGUGGGAUGUCUUUGGACAGGUCGAGCAACCCUUCUACUCAGUGAGACUGCCCUCCAAUAGUGCGUUUAGUGACAAGCCAGAGGUUCUGAUCGGAAAGAGCAUCGCGUUUGUGCCGAACAUCCCGGAUUUGGCAAAGUUCGUGCUUGCUGCCCAACUGCGCAAAUUCAAGGGCACGGACGCUUCGUGGCAACACGAUGAGGAACCCCCAGAGAACGAAAUGGAGUACUCAGAUGACGAAGAAGAGGCUCUCGCCAAGCAAGAAAGAAAGAGGAAGAACCGGGCUAAGCAUGCUGAGCGUCAAGGUAUAGCCCAAGAUCCUGAGGUGAUCGAUGGGGAGUCCAGAUUACGACAGCAGACUUCUGGCACAGACCGAGGCCGAGGUGGGAACAGGGGUCGUGGGGGGCGACAAAAUAACAAUUACAACAACAAUGACCGACACAACGAUAAUAACAGACAUGGGGGGGGUCAGGCGUAUGGCGGUCACGGUGGUAAUCAGGGCGGGUAUUACAAUAACGCGUAUAACCAGUACCAACCGCAGCAAUCACAGGGAUGGAACGACGGCUAUCAGAAUAAUAACUACAGCACCAAUCAGAACCCGUAUAAUGGUGGUUACCAUGGCAACGUCGCGCAGGGGCAGUACGGCAUCUACCAGGGUGAUAAUGCACAGCAGAACUACCAGGGCCAUCCCGGCAACAACCAGUACAAUACAAGCAACUACAAUUCACUGGGCGGAUACGGUAACGGCUACAAUAACCACACCAACAACAACCACGCUUCGAAUAACGCCUACCCUCAGCAAGACUAUGCGACCCAACUGGGCAUGUAUAGCCAGACUACUGCACAUGGCCAACAAGACCAACAAGACCAAGGCCAGGGUCAGAGUUAGGACCAAGGGUCUGGUGGUACACAGCAGAGCCAAAGUCAAUACAAUGGAAACACGGACGUGCAACGGUAACUGGUCACUCUGUGCCAUUUAAUCGCUCACUCCGAUCUCCGAUGGACGCUUGGAUUGUUCGGAUUGGGCUCGAGUAUUGGCAUUGAAUAAAUUUAGUAUUCUAUUCAUAGAUCGAGAGGUUUGUGGAUCCCUUUUUCGUCUUUUGUCUACAGCCCACAGGGUAUCACUUAUGGUUUUAAAAAGCUAGUAAGAGUUGUAGCUAGCGGAAAAGAAUAUCUUAUUGGAAACUACUGAAUUGAGAACGAUGACUUUCCUGGCCUGAAUAUAGGGUUUCAGUUCUAUCGAAGAUAGAUAAUUUAUUGGUAACCACCGAUUUUAACUAGACAAUGAGUUUACAGGUUGCUAGUGAAGAUAUAUAGCUUAUUGGUAUAAAUCACCGAAUACUAUUUAGGGACGAUGACGGAUGAGAUCUAC